GUUGCUGUCAUUGUGGCGUUUUUCUUCAUCCCACCAAGUUUUCUGUCUGUCAGCCUGAAAUCAGGACAAGAGACGAACAGACCAGCAGACGUCAUCCUUCCAGAUUUUGGUGAACAAUACGUGCAUUUUUGUUUUUUUUCCUGCCCUCCCUCCCUUUCCACGUUCUCCACUUCUCCCUCGCAGGACACAACAAGUGUUUGAUUCGCUGUCUGGUCGUGCAUAUUAAUGAGAAUGGGAUAGCGGGCAGCUUUUAAAAGAGCUGCUGCCUCUCCACAGCAAGCGAGGGGGAGAGAGAGACCUAAACGAGUGGUUGGAGAUUCAUCCAAGCGCUCGGGACGCACAGACGGAGUUGCACAAUCAGUGCUCCAAAGGGACCCCAAAAAGCUGAAAUCCCCAUUGCUCUUCACGUCUGCCUCCCAGUAGUGGAUGCUAUCUACAUAUCGAAAGACUUUUUGUUGAUAUUUCAGUAUUUACUGCUUUGCAAGGCUCGGGUUUUGAGGAACUUCUUUUUUUUUUUUAAAUCUUUUUGGACUUGUGAAGACAUGCGUGGGUGCACGACGGUGCUGCUUUUGUUAGUGGUGGCCUUAUGCUGCCUGAGCGCAGAAGCUUACAAGUGCAGGUGCACCAGAAAAGGGCCCAAGAUCCGAUACAAGGAUGUACAGAAGCUGGAGAUCAAACCCAAACACCCGUUCUGCCAGGAGAAGAUGAUAUUUGUGACAAUGGAGAAUGUGUCUCGGUUCAAGGGGCAGGAGUACUGUCUUCAUCCCAAACUUCAGAGCACUAAGAACCUGGUCAAAUGGUUCCGCAUCUGGAAGGACAAGCACAGGGUGUAUGAAGCAUAACACCGUCGCUCUCAACACAAGGAUCGUGUGAGA